AUGUCCAUGUCCACAACGCCCCCUCUUUCUAAGCCCUCAACGUAUAAGGGUUCCACCAAGGAAGAGCGGCGCGUUUUAAUGGCCUCAUUCAACUUGUAUAUCAGUCAGACGAAUGCUCUCACAGCCAACGGAGUCCGACCGUUCGUGAUGCCGGUAAGUGCUUGCAUUGAGCCAGGGACCAAGCAACGUGUCGCGGAAUGGGACAUGGACAAAGACCCUGAAGAUGUCACGGAGAGUGAGUGGGUCGCGUGGUUCAAACAAGGCUACGAUGUGGAGCCUCGGGCUCUCGAUUCUCUCAAGAAGCGGAUCAAGGCGGCCGUAGUAUUUGACAUGUCCAUCCAACAUGCCGACUCAAGGGUAGGCCGCAUGUUGGACGGUUUGUCGGCCGCUGUCCGCCGCGACCGGCAAGAAUGGGUCUUCCAUGAAGAGAGUCAAGCGAUUGUGAAGAUCAUCACUGAUGCCAUCAAACCUGCGUCUCUCCACCGUGCCGUGACCGAGCAGAUGGCCCUGACGCGGAACAAGGCCUUGAAGAAGAACGUCUAUCGAUUCGUGCGUUGGUUGCGUGAGUAUGCAAUUGGUCACGAGCGUUUCGUCGGUUACGAGGAAGAUGUGAAGCCCAUGGUGAAGAUAGACCAGCCAAAAGGCAACUCAGGUAAGGCCCAGGCUGCUAGACAGACUUCGACGCACCAGGCGACCAAAGCACCUGACGCGGCUCCUGCUGCCUCUGGUCAAGUAUCGCGUGCGUCAGCAAAGGGCUGUUUGAAGUGCAAGUCGACAAGUCACCACGUCCGUGAAUGUCCAGGAAUUUCUGAGGAAGAAGCGGUUCGGCUCCUGAAAGAGCAUGGGCGGGCGCUCGCGAAGAGUCGCGCCAAUGGCAGCCGAGAAGGAGCGCCUGGUGGACGCAUGGCGACCAUGAAGAAGAGCAGUGCAGUGCCAGGGCGAAGCGCACUCACUGCCACCGUGGAAGGUGUUUUAUCGGUCAAGGCGUCGCUCCUCGACUCGGGCGCUGACAUGUCUGUGGCGUCGGGUGGUUUAGUUUCGGCCUUGCUGGCAGCUGGUGCAUCCCCGCAAAUCGCGACAAUGGGGCCCUUUUCACUCCAUCCCUACGGCGCGGACAGCAAGCCAGUCGUUGUGACGAAACAAGUGCGCCUGGGAAGCCUGGAGUUCAAGACUGCAUGUGGGCCACUGAUGUUGCGUGGUUUGCGAGUUUGGAUUGACGAGUCUGUGUCCAAUGUGGAACUUACUCUGGGUCUGCCUGUCAUGCAAAAGCUGGGGUACAAUGAACAGACUUUGCUCGAAAGCGCGUAUAACCAACAGGCUGUCUGGGACUUCUCGGAGCAGCCAGUUUCAACUCCUGGCGCGGCAAUGUUUCGAGCCCUCCAUUGGACUGGUCGCGACGAAGCGGUGCACACCAUUCUCAUGGCCAAGGUAAACGAGGCAGCGGCCCAAGGUGCGGAAAAGACGGCCAUUGAAGACCUCCGUAGCUUCCUGUUGGAAUACCGUGACGUCUUUCAAUUGGAAUUUGGACGCGAUUCGCCCGUGAAGGUUGAUCCUCAGAAGGUACAUCUCAAGCCAGAGUCGGUACCCGUGAAGUCUGGCCUUCGAUGA